GGCGUGGCUACGGGAGCCCCUCCCCCUGCAGCACGGUCACCUGUAGAGCAGAGAGGAGGUCCACGGUGCACACAGCUGCAGGCUGCAGAGACGCUGCAACGGGAGCAGAACGUCGUGACUGUCUCUGCGUUUGUUUUAAUCGGGCACAGUUCUCCCCGGCUCUUCUUUUAAAUUCGUUUGACUAUGUUUUCUCCCCGUUGCUGGACUAAAAUGAGCUGGACGCAGCUGCUCAGGAUCGUGUUGUUCGCAGGGAUCUGGCUCCACUGUGCUGCUGCUAUGCCCGCUGCAGGCUGUGAGGGAGACGAGUGCAGCAGAGGCCAGACCUCCUCUUCAUCCUUAUCCUUAUUGUCAACCUCCGUAUCUUCUUCUUCCGCUUCUUUCUUGGUGGAGAAGUCACCACAUCCCUCGCAGGACUUCCUGGCCCAGUUUUCCCAAGUGAGCUCAUCAAACAGUGGUGACCGUAAACACCGUGAUGCCAGCGCUGUCCUGCCCUUCAUUGGCCUCACAGGCAGUGCUGAGCAGAGUCGCAGCUGCUGUAAGAACGGAGGAACCUGCAUCCUCGGCAGCUUCUGCGCUUGCCCACCGUUCUUCACGGGGAGGAGUUGCGAGUACGACCAACGUGUCAGGAACUGUGGGUCCAUUCCUCAUGGUGAGUGGGUUCAGAAAGGAUGCUCCUACUGUCGCUGUGGUUAUGGCGUCCUUCACUGCUUCCCCCAUGUCUUCCAUAAAGACUGCGAUGACUCCGAGGAGGUGCGCUGGUAUCGUUCAUCAGCUGGAAGGGAAGUUCAAACCAGCUGUUUCCUGUUUGUGAUGCUGUUUCUUCUGCUUCUCCUCCUCUGAUGGUUUUUGAAAAAAUGGAUGCUGGACACAAACACCAGGAUUUAUGUGAAACACUGAGAUAAGGACUAUGCAAGAUAUCUCAGACUGCUUCUCCAGGACUAAAAUUCAGUUUCCAACCCAGUGAGAGCUUGUUGAGCUUGUAUAUUGAUUGUUUUCCAUCCGAACACUGAGGAGUUUUCUUGGAUGAUAAACUGGAUUACGUGUUGUAUGGGGACAUAGAGGUCGUCUGCACUGAGCUGUUCACUGCUGCAUUUAAGAUAAAGAUGUUUUGGCUUGAGCCAUACCACUUUACCAACUUCAACAUUUAAAGCAACUAAUCAGCUUCUUCAAUCUAGGAAAUCAAUUCCACUAGUGUAUCUGAACUCAUUUUUGUGUUCCCAGUGCAGUUUAUCUUGUUUCAUGACAUUUAAUCAGCGACUGAAUUCAUCUCAUCAAAAGUCUGUAUGUCUCUGCUUCUUAAAAUGUAUCCUUCCCGUGGAAGGUGGUCUUCAUCUCUAUGAUAUUUUGAAAAUGUACUUAAGAUUUUUAUAAAAAGUAUGUUGUUGUCAUUUUAGGAGCUGUAGCCCAAUGUAAUUUUUUUGUCCUUGUAAAAGGAGAUGGUUUCUUUUUAACUUUGUCUUCUUUCUGUUUGCACAAACUUUGAGCUUAAGUGACAUUUUGUCUUUUUGAAUACAAAUAUGUAUUGAUUAUGUGUCAAGUUUUUCACUUGUUUUUUUCUUUGUUUCUCACUUUAUUAAAACAAGUCUGACACUGGAUGUUACAUAAAAGUAAACUUCUGAGUAUGAAAAAAUACUGACAUCAUCAAAUAAGUAGUAUUCUCAAUAAGUAUUACUCUCUCUUUUAACUAAAGGUGUUUUCAGUGGGAGCUCUCCUUGUCUCUUAUCUCCAAAGUUUAUUGAUAAG